GAAGUACCGCGCUCUGCGCCUGGACGCCGGCAACUACGCAUGGGGCUCCGAGAACAUCGCCAAGAAGGUGAGGAUUUUGGACGUGGUCUACAACGCCACAAGCAACGAGUUGGUCCGCACGAAGACCUUGCUCAAGAACACUGUCGUCCAGAUCGAUGCCCACCCCUUCAUGCAGUACUACCAGAAGAAGUACGGACUCGACCUUGGCAAGAAGAAGAAGGGAGGUGACAAGACCGAGAAGAAGGAGGAAAAGGAGGAGGUGAAGCUGAGCCGCCAUGUCAUCGCAAAGCAGAAGGCACGUGCCUCCAAGACUAAGCUGGACACCCUGCUGGAGGAGCAGUUCCAGAGCGGCCGACUCUUGGCUUGCAUCGCCUCGAGGCCCGGGCAGUGCGGCCGCGCGGACGGCUACGUCCUGGAGGGCGAGGAGCUGAACUUCUACAAGCGCAAGCUCGAGAAGAAGAAGAAGAACUGA